UGUCUGUCCCACACACACACACACACACACACGCAGGCUGCUGACCGGACACCGCUCACACACACCAUGCGUACCUGUCCGGAGCCGAUCCACCGCCCCGUCUUGGAUUUUACUAAAGCUUCCGGCUGAUAGGAACCAGGACAGCUGACCUGAAGGAUAACCCGACCCACUGAGAUUUAACUUUUUUUCCUCCUGGCUGCUUGUGCGGACUUGUGGAGCGGCGCGGUAAAGGACUUUGUGACUGGGGGCCGGGCCAUGUGCGUUGACCUCUGAGUGUGAGCUCUUUGUGUUUGUGUGAACUGGAAGCCAUCAUGAGGAGCGGCUCUCACAUCCUGCCUCUCGGUGUGCUCACUGCUCUGCUGCUGUCUCAGGUCUGCUCGGGCAUCAAAUGGCUAGCGCUGUCACACACACCGGCCUCUAGACCCGUCAACCAGACGCAGCACUGCAAGCUGCUCCCCGGCAUGGUGUCCUCCCAGGCGCAGCUGUGCCGCAGCAACCUGGAGCUCAUGCAGACCAUCAUCCAAGCCGCCCGCGAAGUCAAGAAAACGUGUCAGAAGACGUUCGCCGACAUGCGCUGGAACUGCUCCUCCAUCGAAAUUCCCCUCAACGCCACCAAGUAUCGGCCGGACCUGGAGAGAGGAACGAGGGAGGCCGCUUUUGUGUACGCGUUGUCGGCGGCGACCAUCAGCCACACCAUCGCCCAAGCCUGCGCCUCCGGGGAUCUACGGAUAUGUUCGUGUGGCCCCAUCCCCGCAGAAAUCCCAGAGCCCGGCUACCGCUGGGGCGGCUGUGCCGACAACCUCAACUACGGCAUCUUCAUGGGCUCCAAGUUUUCAGACGCCCCCAUGAAGAUGAAGCGCUCCAGUUCCAGUGCCAACAAACUGAUGCAGCUUCACAACAGUGAAGUCGGGAGACAGGCACUGAAAGAGGCGCUGGUGAUGAAGUGUAAAUGCCAUGGUGUUUCUGGGUCCUGCUCCAUAAGGACCUGCUGGAAAGGCCUCCAGGACCUCAGGGAGAUCGCCAUGGACCUCAAGUCCAAGUACCUGUCUGCUACCAAGGUGGUUUACCGGACCAUGGGCACCCGCAAGCAUCUUGUCCCCAAAGACAUUGAUGUCAGGCCGCUGCGGGAGAAUGAAAUGAUCUAUUUGCACAGCUCCCCGGACUUCUGCACCAAGAACGAGAAACUGGGUUCUGUUGGAACGCAGGACAGGCAGUGCAACAAAACAUCCGUUGGCAGCGACAGCUGUGACCUGAUGUGCUGCGGCCGCGGCUACAACCCCUACACAGAGCUGCUGGUCGAACGCUGCCACUGCAAGUACCACUGGUGUUGCUACGUAACCUGCAAAAAAUGUGAGCGCAACGUGGAGAGAUACGUCUGCAAGUGAUCCACCGGCGGCCCCCUCGGCUUCGUAUCGAGCCCCCUCCCCAGGCUACAGAUUAACCAAAGCACUACUGUACCCAGAAGGCUUACUUCAGUCUUCAGCUUUAGCAUGCGUAUCUCGACAAGAGUUGGUAUAUUCUUCUGCAGUACCAAUAUCACGUUUCAUCUCCAAAACUUCCAACUGGGCUUCGAGGUUUCUUGAUGGGAAAAGUGUGGAAAGAGGACAGUCCUAGCGGGUGUUAUUCGCUGUCAUGUUAAUAAUCAUAAUCCCUCACCCUGUGACAGAGAUACGGGAAGCCAGUCUAAACAUAUCUCUAGUAAAAAGAAAUAAUAUUGGAUUUUAUGCUGGAGGAUAUGUUUGGCCUCCUUCCCUGGAUAUCAAAGGGCUCUCAUGGAUUCACAUUUUUUUAGGUACUAUCAAAACUUUUUUUUUUUUCCUCUGGAGCAAUACACCACAGAGGAACACAAAGGGAAAACCUCACGUACUUUUCAAUCACAGAACAUUUUUGCGGUUGAUGCCUGGGACUCGUCACGUGCCCCGCCUGGACCACGACUUGCCUGAUUCCCUGUGGAACGAGAGAAGAAAUCAAAGAACUCUGUGAAACGGUGCAUUAUCUAAAUUUCGUCUGACAUGCAGGCAGAUCAAAAUAUAUUCUAUUUUUCAGAGCAUAUGAGCGUAACUCAUGGAUUUUGUAAACCACUUUUGUGUGGGUGUAUAUACUGUUAUUUUGUAUACUGAAAUAAAGAAAUAAGUAUUUAUAAAAUAUCCCAUAACCUCACAGACUUUAUGCAUUUUAAAUUAAACACCAUUAAGAGUCAUGUUGUUUCAUAUCAUUUAAAGCAACUGCAGCAUAUUUUGUAUUAAAACAGAUCAUCUCAGCAUUCCUCAAAGACAUAUUCAUACCACUUGAACUUCAAUAUUAUUUACUGGACUUUAAUGUGAUAGACCAACACAAGGCAGUGCAUAGUUGUGAAGUGGAUGGAGAAUAAUAAAUGGGUUCAAAUAAAAAUCUGAAAAAUGUG